AAACGGCGUCGCAGCGUAUCUGAGGAAGAUCACUAGCUGGACUCUCCGGCGACUACAGAAAAAAAAACAAUCAGAGAGAGCUUCGAUCGAAGUUUCUAAUCACCGUUUUAGCUAAAACUGGAGCUUUGAUCUCGAGUUUUGAAGGAAGCUCUAGGGAUUGAAUCGGUUGAUCAAGAGGGAGGAGAUACAUUUUGAGAAGUUGAGUACAUUUUUGUGAAUUUGAUCAGUGGGUUGAAGAAUGGGCGCGUUCUCGAGGAAAGUUGUGCCUGUUUGUGGUAGGCUUUGCAUUCUUUGCCCUGCCUUGCGUCCUAGGUCUAGACAGGCUGUGAUGAGAUACAAGAAGCUCAUUGCUGAUAUCUUCCCGCGUCAUCAGGAGGAAGCUCCCAAUGACCGGAAGAUAGGAAAGCUAUGUGAGUAUGCUGCAAAGAACGCUGUUCGUAUGCCAGAGAUAUCAGAUUUGCUCGAACAAAGAUGUUACAAGGAAUUGAGGAAUGAGAAUUUUCAUUCGGCCAAGAUAGUCAUGUGCAUAUACAGAAGGCUUCUGGUCACUUGUAAGGAGCAAAUACCACUUUUUUCUAGUGGUUUUCUUAGGACGGUGCAAGCUCUUUUGGAUCAGACUCGACAAGUUGAAAUGCAAAUAGUUGGAUGUCAGUCUCUUUUUGAAUUUGUAAAUAAUCAGACAGACGGAAGUUCCCUGUUUAGCUUAGAAGGCGUUCUCUCAAAACUGUGUCAACUAGCUCUGGAAGUUGGGGAUGAUGACAGGUCCCGGAGCCUGCGUGCAGCAGGACUUCAAGCCCUUUCAGCAAUGAUUUGGCUGAUGGGUGAAUACUCUUAUAUUCCCAGCGACUUUGACAAUGUUGUCUCAGGAGUCUUGGAAAAUUAUGGCCACCCCAAAAAAUUAGCCAAUGCUAUUGAUAAUGCUAGAAAAUGGGUGGAUGAGGUCUUGAAAAAUGAAGGUCACCUAGCUCAUGCAGAUUCCCUCAUAAAUGUUCCUUCUUGGAGAGCGGUUGUGAAUGACAAGGGUGAACUGAAUGUGAAAAUGGAAGAUUCCUUGGACCCUAGCUUUUGGUCCAAGGUUUGCCUACACAACAUGGCCAAGCUAGGUGAAGAUGCCACAACCAUGAGACGUAUACUCGAGUCUUUGUUCCGUUACUUUGACGAGGGACAUCUCUGGUCAACGGAAAAUUCUAUUGCAUUGCCAGUUCUAAGGGAUUUGCAAUUUUUAAUGGAAUUAUCUGGGCAAAGAACACACUUCAUACUGUCCAUGUUAAUUAAACACCUUGAUCAUAAAAGUGUGCUUAAACAGCCAAGAAUGCAGCUCAGCAUUUUAGAGCUUACCACCUCCCUUGCUGAAAAUGCAAAAGUUGAACACUCAGUAGCAAUAGUCAGCGCAAUUAGUGAUAUCAUGAGGCAUUUGAGAAAAUGCAUGCACUCUUCUCUUGAUGAAUCAAAUCUGCCAACUGACGUAGCAAACUGUAAUAGAUUGGCCAGUGUAGCUGUCGAUAAGUGCCUCGUUCAACUGACCAAAAAGGUUGGAGAUGCUGGACCAAUUUUAGAUGCAAUGGCUAUGCUGUUGGAGAAUAUCUCAGCUGUCACAGAUGUAGCAAGGACCACAAUGGCUGCUGUUUUUCGCACUGCUCAAAUUAUAGCCUCUAUUCCAAAUCUGUCAUAUCAAAAUAAGGCUUUUCCCGAGGCCUUAUUCCAUCAAUUACUGGUCCAUCCAGAUCAUAAGACACGGAUUGGCGCCCACCGUAUAUUUUCUGUUGUGCUGGUACCAACCUCAGUCUGCCCCCGUCCCUCCUCAACCACUACUGAACUUAAGAAGGGAAUGGGUCUUCCUCGUUCCCUUUCAAGAAAUGCGUCUGUCUUUUCCUCCUCAGCAGCCCUUUUCGAGAAGCUGAGGAAGGAUAAAGUUUCGUCAGUUCUAACUUCCGAUAAGAGCCAAAACGAAAUCCUUGACCGAAUAAAAUCUUCAUACGGUCAGGCGUAUAGCAGUUGGAAUCAAUCUGUGGACUCGGUAGCAGAUAACUCUGAGCUGGACGCUGUUUGUAUAAGGCUAAGUAGUCACCAGAUAGGUCUUUUACUUUCAUCACUCUGGGCGCAGUCCAUAUCUCCUGCAAAUACGCCAGAAAAUUAUGAGGCGAUUGCUAACACCUACAGUCUUGUAUUGUUGUUCUCUGGUUUCAAGAAUUCAAGUCACGACGCUUUGAUUCGAAGUUUCCAAAUGGCACUUUCUUUGCGAGAUAUAUCUUUAAUGGAAGGAGGGCCACUCCCUCCGUCCCGACGAAGGUCACUCUUCACUCUGGCUACAUCAAUGGUUCUUUUCUCCUCAAAAGCAUUUAAUCUUUUCUCUUUGGCGGAUUUUGCAAAAGUAGCACUUCGCGGACCAACGCUUGAUCCAUUCUUGCAUUUGGUUGAAGAUCACAAGUUGAAGGCUGUAAAUCCAGAUCAGUUGCAUAUCGUUGCGUAUGGAACCGAAGAAGAUGAUGCUUCAGCUCUGGAUACUCUUUCAAAGAUAGCAGUCUCCACUGAGCAUAGCAGAGGAACCCUCGUCUAUGAAAUUGUCAAAAGCUUGGAAAAUAUGUGCAGUUCUGAAAUGGAGAAAAUGCAAGAGCAGUUGCUCACUGAGUUCAUGCCGGAUGAUGCAUGUCCUCUUGGAACCCGCUUUUUAGAAGACACUCAGACAUCCUUUCAGGCUGACCUUGGAGAUGUUAAACACCAAAACCUUGCGGCACUCUUCUCUCACGAGGAUCAAGAAUUUGGAAAUGUCACUGAAACAGUUGCAGAUAAUAAUCCAUUAACAGUUGCUGAAGUGCCAGACCUCCUGACUGUGAAUCAAAUUCUAGAAUCUAUCGUAGAGACAACACGUCAAAUGGGUCUAAUAUCCUUCCAUACUGCAGCCGAUGCUUCAUACAAAGAAAUGACGCUUCAUUGUGAGGAUCUAUUAACGGGGAAACAGCAGAAGAUUUCGAGCCUUUUCAAUUCUCAGCUACGACAUAAAAGUUCUGUUAACGGCUCUCCAGGACAGCAUGAUGAGGAGAUUAAGAUCGCAACUUUUCUUCCUAUGAUCAAUUCAGCAUUUCACACCGAGACACAGUGCUACUCAGAACUCCAAGCAUACAAACUACCAGCCUCAACCCCGUACGACAACUUCCUUAAAGCUGCUGGUUGUUGAUACACUUUGAUCCAGUGAAGAACUAAAAAAAAAACAAAAUAGGUUUGCUGUAAUUAGACCAUUCCCUUGUAGGUAUACUCAAUUCUUUUAUGCAAUUCAAUUGUUUCUUUCCGGUGUGAAGGUGCCAUCUGGUUUUCACUUGGUCUUGUAAUCUAACGAUUCUUUGAUUCUACAAGAAACGCUUUGUUGAACAGUAUUACAAUAAUGUACAUUGAUUCUUCCGUGAUCUA